AUGAGUGCCACCCCGGCAAUACGCCGUGUAUUGGGGAUCGACCCCGGUCUGAACAUCACCGGGUACGGCGUCGUCGAGGCCUCGUCUUCGGCCCCUGUGUUAUGCGAAGCGGGAGUGAUUCGAGGUCGCACGCGCAACUCGCUCACGGCCCGAGUUGCCGAGAUCCACGAGGGUGUCUGUGACGCGAUCGCCUCGCUGAAGCCGACCGAGAUGGCGCUGGAACAACUCUACGGACACUACGAACGUCCACGGACCGCCAUCCUCAUGGGCCACGCCCGUGGGGUGAUCUGCCUUGCCGCCGCGCAGGCCGGCAUUCCGGUCAUCCACUACAGCGCCACGCAAGUGAAAAAAGUAAUCACCGGCAACGGACGAGCCCCCAAGCACCAGAUUCAGUUGGCCAUUCAAACCGAGUUCGGCCUCGAAACCCCGCCCGAUCCGCCGGACGUGGCCGACGCCCUGGCCAUCGCACUGUGCCAACUCGUGCACCUCGGCGACGACUUCCUCACCCUUGGCGUGGGGCCCUUGGAGUACGAAGUCCUCAUUCCUGAGUUCACUCGCCGUCAGUUGCAAAGCCUGCGGGGCGAAGAGAUCAGUCUCUUCACAAUCGAAUACCUCGAAGGCAACCCAAUGCAGGGGCGGCUGACUCCCCGCUUGGUUGGCUUCCUCAGCACGAUCGAACGCGAGUUCUUCGAACUGUUUUGUUCAGUCGACGGGGUCGGCGUAAAGAAGGCCCUCAGGGCGAUGGUCCGUCCUGUGGCCGAAGUGGCCGGAGCGAUUGAAGAGCAGGACACGAAGCUGCUUUCCACCCUCCCCGGUAUCGGGCCGGCAGUAUCGGAACGUAUCGUGGCCAAGCUGCGGCGGAAGGUACCCAAGUUCGCCCUGCUGGUCGAACGCGAAACCUCCCACGAAGCCGAGGUCGAACAGGACGUGGUGAGCGAAACGUUCGAAGUGCUUCGCUCACUGGGGCAUUCCGAAGCCGAUGCCCGACGACUGCUCGACGCCGCCCUGAGUGGCAAGAAAAAGUACAAGGACGUCGAAGCCCUGCUGCAUGCCGUCUAUCAGCAAAGCAGCAAUGCGUAG